CAGAAAGAACAGUCAAAAUGCAGCACUAGCACCAAAGGGUGGGCCUGCCACACUUGAAAAAGCAAUGACAGCAAAAAUGUCAUUUUUUAAAAAUUUCCAAUUUCCCGCCGGUUCCGCCGCCCGAACGUUCCGACGUCACGGGGACCGGAACACGGAAGCCAGAUGCCGGCAUCCGCCGGAGGAGAUGGACGGGGACGCUGCAGGGGACACAUCGCGGGAGCGAAGGACAAGGUAAGUGCUGCAGGGACCCCCAGAGAACGCUGCAUGGUAAGCCCGAGUGUAGCUCGGGGUUACCGUUCUUGGUAUAGAAAU